AUGCCCAUCUGCAUCGAAUGCUCCUAUCCCGUCUCCCACCUCUACACCUCCUACAGCAAGGCCGACGAUCACUCCCUCGGCAAGGGCGUCCGCUUGACCCAAUGCCCGCGCUGCAAACGCUUCGCCGACAAAUACGUCGAGCAUGACUAUGUCGUCCUCUUCAUUGAUCUGGUGUUGAUCAAGCCACAGGUCUACCGGCAUCUGCUCUUCAAUCGUCUGGGAAGAGAUGACAACAAAUUCGAUCGCUCUAUCAUCCGUCUUGGUGUUCUGCUAUUGCUGUUUGACGUGUACUUGACUUGGGCGCGCAUCGAGAAAUCCUCCUCCCUAUCCUCCACUCCCCUUUCGACGGCCCCCAUCGUCGUGCAAUACCUCUUCUUUCUGACGCUCAAUGGACUGGCAACGUUGGCGCACCAUCUGACGGUGCGCUUGCUGGCCUCCAUCCUGGUCCCCCGACCGGCCCAGUCUCCUGCGACGGGAGAUGCAUCCACUGAAACCGGUCCGUCCACCCCUUCGACGCCUGUGGCAUCGACCUCGAAUCACAAUACCGCAACACCGUCGGUUGCGACAAACUCGACUUCCAGCGAUAUCCAGCAGCGACAACCUCCUCCGGUUCCUGGAAACAACAACACUCCUUCCCCGUCCUGCCCCCCCAGCAACACCCCUCCUUUGGGCCCGGGUCAGGGACCUCUGCGCCGGGCAUCGACUGCUCCGACUCAAGUUCAACCGCUUCCGCCUCCGUCGCCUGCUAGUCCCAAUGCGAUCAGCACCGCUCUCUUCGUCAGCAGCUGCCCCAAACUCUUUCCAAUUCUUCUGGUGAUAUGGGGUUCCAAGGAGAGUGAAGUCCCAGAGGGAGGCAGUUCGAUGGCCGACAGCCCUGCGGCUACGAUGUUGCACAAAACCAUGACUGCUACUGCCGUUUCUUCGCUGUCGACAUCUCCCACAUCCGCUGUGUCGUCGUUGCCAACUGCUCUCGCGACCGCCGCAAGCAGUGCAGCGACCGCUACAGCAACCGCAUCAUCCGUCCCGACUUUCUCACUCAGUCAACUUUUCUCUUUUGCCUCCGCCAGCUUUAACGUUGACUCUAUACCCUCAUUCCUAUCUCUUGGCGCGGCCAACACCAAUCUGGUGCUGUUGAACAAUAUCGAGGCGUUGUAUAUCCUCCUCGACUGUGGCUAUCUGCGCGCUGUUGCGCUGGCCGUUGCGGGCCAGGCAGCGCGAUGGGGGGUAGAGAAGCUGAUCCUGGGAUUAAAUCUCCCGUCUGGCUUGUUUGAUUCUCAUUUACCCAGGUCUUUCUUCGUGUAUGACCAAAGCCUACUUCUGGCCAUGGCAUCAGUUCCCGAUACUGCGCCUGGUGGAAUUACUCUCCCAGGAGGCAUACAGUUGCAACAAUCCGCGCAAGUCUGCUUCAAUGCUGAGAAAUAUUUGGUCAACAGUGAUCGCUGCAGACAUGCGGCAAGUGUGCUGCAGCAAAUGUGGAUUGCCUUGUCUCGGUUCGACUGCAACGGAGAACAAAACCUCGAGGGUAAGAGAGGCUGUAGUCAAGCCAGCGAGGGUACAGCAGCUUACUGCGGCUGCAGCUACGUCGAGCCAACUCAGGAAAUCAUUGCAGCUCUCAGUCAAAAAGUGGAAAGUCUACAAGAAGAGCUACGAGCUUCUCAGGAACGCGAGGAACAGCUGCGAACAGAGUUGCGAAAUGCCAGAGAGGCAGAGCAUUCGCAGCACGUACGAGUGCCGGCAACUGUGCAGGUUCCAUGUCCACCGUACGCAGAUCCAGAUCCCGGGGGAAAGUCCACGCAUACCUUGCCACAAAACCUCGUUCGCACAAGUCAAGAGUCUCUGGGCCCGCUUCUGGGACAUGUAGGGCGUCUCGUCCAGGACGCAUGCGGUGUUGGUCGCUUUGCUGGUGCUCCAACUGGCGCUCAUUUCGUCCUCUCUGUCCAGGAACAGUUCCAGGAGACCUUUUCCUCAAACAUGGAUUUUCCAGAGUGGAUGUUCCGGCUGCAUCUAUUACCGCCGUUCGAUGCGUGUAGAGUGGGUUUGAGGUCGUCAAAGUGUAUUCAAGUCCCUGCUGUUCAGAACUUUUGGCCUGCGGCUGGUUCGGACCAGAUCGACGGCUCUUUUAUUUUGGCCAAUCCUCGGGACCAUUAUCAUGCGCAAGCAGAGGCAUACUUUCAAACCUGGGGUCGAUUCUAUCCGAUCCUGUCCGUCAACCAGUUUUACGACAGCUUAAACCGCAUCCUGAGUUUGGUGCAGGAUGGAAAGCCCCUGUGCGAUGCUGACAUACCCUUUCUUUUUCAGCUGUAUGCAGUCAUCACUCUAAAUGUGAUUACAAAUGAGAAAAUGAGAAGCUCGCGUGCGCGCAGAGGCGAUAUGCCCAGUCCAAAUGCCGGUGUCCAGUACCAAGAACUUCUAUGUCAUCUCUCGUCCAUGGUUUCUGCACGGGGAGAUCUGACGUGUCUCCAAGGCCUUGUUCUUUACCUUCUAUGUCUUCAGCUGAUAUCGCACCACUCGUUAGCCGUUCAGACAAAUGGGAUGGUUGUGAAGCUCGCGCAGUCGCUGGGAUUGCAUCGCCAUUCGAGACGGUUUAAGCAUUCUCCCAGUGAAUCCGACCUGCGGAGGAGAAUAUGGUGGUGUGUUUUCAUAUUGGACGUAUACACCAGCAUGUACCAUGGGCUUCCAAGGUCUAUCAAAAGUGCCGACGUUGACGUUGAUCUCACUAUGGAUGUCGAUUUCCAUGAUAUCUCUAUCCAGCAUCUUCCAUCCCCUCUUACGGGCGAGAUGACCAAUUCCGGCUGGUUCCUUCACCACAUCCAAAUCGCUCAGAUUCUGUCCCGUUGCCUCGAUCAGCUAUAUACAACGACUCAGAGGAGAGGCGGCGUCGAAAAGAUCGCCCAGCUGGAGUCUGAACUCCAACUGUGGAAGAGGAAUCUGCCGCCUGAGUCUCUCAACGUGCUCGACGACCACGCUCCACUGUACACCGUGUUCAAGGACGACCCCCUUGAUGCAAGUGGCCUGCAACCUGGACAGAGUUUCAUUUCCGCCUGGCUGCUUCUGCUAGGGGAACUGACGACCCUCCUGAUUCACCGCUGCGCUCUGACCUUUGAUCGUACGGAACCGCAGUUUAUGACCAGUCUGCGAUCGUCCACCGUCGCAGCGACAAGGAUCCUUCGCAUUCUUCAUCGCGCGAGGGAGAUCCCUCUCAUAUUCUGGCUGUGGCCUUUGGGCCUGCAUGUCAUUGCGCAGAGCGCGCUCCUCGUGUUGUACGCGUGCUGGCUGGACAUUCGCCCACCGAGCAUCGGAUCCGAGCUAAUGGCUCCUCCUGCACCACGCACAGAACUGACUCGUAUUUCAGGUCUCGAUCCCAGGACCACGGCUCUCGAGACCUUGAUUCGCACCACCUGUGACAUCUUGGCACUCCACUCCGCGACUGAGCUGAGCAGAAACCGACCGGAGCAGGAAGGCCUGGCGAGGGAUAACUAUUCUGCACAAACAGCAGAAUUUCUUCAAUAUCUCUUACGCAGGACGCUUGAAAUGAAGGGAACUUAUUCAUAG